AUGCCGCUGGCCCACCAAGCUCAGCAGCAGGCCCAGCUGCCGCAGUAUGCGGCUGCUGCUACGAGCCAACCGCGAAAUUACCCUGCAGCCGCGAUACAGCAAGGCCGACCUCAGUCCAGCUUCUACAGCCACGGGAACCUUUCCGGCUCCGGCAUAGUCAACACUGGUACAUACCGAUACAACGAUGAUGCGCUGAUGGGGCCCAACGCAGAUAUCAGAAGGACAAGCAGCUCGAGGGUGGCCCCGCCUGUCAUGCACGGUAGCAUACCCUCGAGAGAGAUGAGCCAAAGCAACAGAGGAUACCGGCAGCCUGGGCCCGGUCCGCUGCCCGGUGGAAAUGGACCCACUCCUCCACGCAGGAGUUCACGCAGGGAGCCGAUGCACGAUCAAUACGGUGUCAGUCCUCCGUUCUUGGGCCAGGGAAUCAAUUCUCCUUACAAUGUUGAUGGUGCUCCACUACCCAGUAGCGAAGAGUGGAAAGAGAAGGGCGCUUCCGUCAGUAUGCGGCAGGAAGUUGAUUCGAAUGGGAAGCCAGUCGUAAGAGUUGUGAAGAAGGGCGUGAAAGAUUUCAAUUUUGGGCGGACAUUGGGAGAGGGUUCAUACAGCACAGUGUUGGCGGCAACAGACAGGCAAACGCUACGAGAGUACGCUAUCAAGGUCCUGGACAAACGGCACAUCAUCAAAGAGAAAAAAGUCAAAUACGUCAACAUCGAGAAGGACACACUCAAUCGACUCACAGAGCACCCGGGCAUUGUCCGGCUUUACUACACAUUCCAAGAUGAGCGCUCGCUAUACUUCGUCUUGGAUUUGGCCAGCGGAGGGGAGCUUUUAGGUUUUCUCAAGAAGAUGACUACAUUCGACGUGGAAUGCACGAGGUUUUACGGCGCUCAAAUUCUCGAUGCUAUCGACUACAUGCACUCCCGAGGAGUGAUCCACCGGGAUCUCAAACCCGAGAACGUGCUGCUGGACGACCAAAUGCACGUGAAAAUUACCGACUUUGGAACCGCAAAAAUUCUUGAUACUGCAAAUCCAAACGGGAUCGGAUCAGUAUUAGGAGAUCCACUAAGCGGUCUUCAGUCAGACAGGGCGGUUUCGUUUGUAGGGACGGCAGAAUAUGUCAGCCCGGAAUUACUAACAGACAAAAACGCCUGCAAGGCCAGUGACCUAUGGGCAUUUGGUUGUAUCAUUUACCAGCUUCUGGCAGGAAGGCCACCUUUCAAAGCCGGCAAUGAGUAUCAGACAUUCCAGAAGAUCGUCGGCCUUGAAUACACCUUCCCGGACGGGUUUCCGGACAUUGCCAGGGACUUAGUCGAGAGGCUUCUCGUGCUAGAUCCGGCUAAACGCUUACCAAUGGAGCACAUCAAGAACCAUCAAUUUUUCGAUGGCAUCACCUGGGGCAAGGGCCUAUGGAAACAAAAGGCUCCACGACUAAAGAGCUAUGUGCCGCCAGCUCAGGAACCGAUCAGACUCAACGGUAACGGAGGUUCUUACCCACCACCAAAGUCGUCAGGCGCGCCGACAGGUACUGCUUCAAGCGGUACGCAGUUGCGUCCUCAACCAAGGCUUAUCACCGAGCUUCCGCCUCCAAGUCAGCUAGACAUUGAGUGGUCCCCCGUUCUAACCCGAAACAACGAACGAAUAUUGAAGCUUGGGAAUCUGGUAGUCACUACAAACCCUGCACCGCACAGUCCCACUUCCAAGAGUGGGGAAGCUUCAUCAGAUACCCCUAAGAAGUUUUCACGUUUCUUUGGCGGCAACACAACGAAGAAAAGGCAGCGACUAGUAAUGAUAACAUCUGGUGCGCGGAUUAUUCUAGCUGCUGCCGGCGGCGAAGAGAAGAAAACUAAGAUGGAAGUAUCGCUACUUGGAGCCGGCUGUACCUGGAAAAGCUACAAGGAUUCGAAGGGUCUUACUUGUUGGUGUGUAGAUACAAAGGAUAAGCACCUUGUAUUCGAGGACCCAAAAGCCACCACAAGCGAUCCCGACGGCAGCAAAUACUCCGCGCAAGAAUGGAUCGACAAUAUCGAGCGCGCAAGGGAACUUGCCAUAUCCCAGAGCAUGACGAACUCAUACUCUGGUGACUCCGCAUUUAACGAUCUGGCAUCCACAAUUUCGAGUCCUGCUAGUACAUUGGGCGGUGACGCUGCGUUCGAUGGAGUCAACAUCCCUACGACGAGGCACCUCAGGAAAGAGCAUGGCGAUAACGAUUCCAUGAAAGGACGUAAACGCUUUAGCAGACGGCACUCGAAGAAUGGGCUCGCCGCCGUGUUCUAG